UAGAUAUCCAUCCCACACUUCUCCGCCCGCAAACGGCUCCUACGUUGAGAGAAAAAAAAAAGAAAAAAAAAAGGAGAGAGAACAGAACAGUUUCAAACACCGUCGACAUAAAUAUCACUACUCCAGCUCCCUUUUUCCCCUUUUGCCCUCCCGACGGACUUCAGUACUUUUAUACAUUCAGCGCGCCAAUGCCAGAGACCGCGCAGAAACGACGGAUUUUUUCCUCUUGAGCAUGAGAAGGAUUGCCAAAUCAUCCGCAAUCCAACAUCACCGACUGAGCCACCAGCAUGAGCCCUGGAUACAUAUGCUCCAGCAGAAGUUGUUGGCUGGAGAACUAAGAAAUCUUGGAGCACAAAGACAGCAAAGAGGGGAGAGUCAGUUUUAGGUCUCCACAUAAUGGAGCGAGAAUGAACAGAGAGCGGCUUAAAAAAAAGCAUGAACUGGAGGUUUAUUGAGGUCAUCUGCUUCCUGUUUAUAUGGGACCAUAUAACAGUUCAGUCUACCCGCCAGGACCUGUUGGCUGCUGAACAACAUGUCACCAAGCAAUAUGACUGGCUCAUCUCUGACCGUGGACCUUUCCACCACUCUCGGAGAUAUCUGUCCUUUGUGGAAAGAUUCCGCCAAGGAUUUACAACCAGAUAUAAAAUUUAUAGGGAAUUUGCACGUUGGAAGGUGAGAAAUACUGCUAUCGAGAGAAGGGACCUCAUCCGGAACCCCGUGCCACUCAUGCCUGAGUUCCAGCGCAGCGUACGCUUGCUGGGCCGAAGACCCACCACUCAGCAGUUUAUUGAUACUAUCAUUAAGAAAUAUGGAACCCACAUUCUCAUCUCAGCCACCCUAGGAGGGGAAGAGGCUCUGACUAUGUAUCUGGCCAAGAACAAGCUGGACAGAAAGCUGGUUAAUGCGACGCAGAAUGUGGAAGCCCUCCAUCAGCUGGCAUCAUCCUAUUUCGUUGACCGUGAUGGUACAAUGAGGAAGUUGCAUGAGAUCCAGAUCUCCACAAAUGCCAUCAAGGUGACAGAGACACGGACAGGGCCGCUAGGAUGCAGCAGCUAUGACAAUUUGGACUUGGUUAGCUCGAUCCUCCUGCAGAGCCCUGAGAGCAAGCUUCAUCUGCAAGGCCUUCAGGUCAUAUUCCCAGAAUACCUGCAGGAGAAAUUUGUCCAGUCAGCUCUGAGCUACAUCAUGUGCAACGGAGAGGGUGAAUAUGUGUGCCACAACAACCGGUGCAUCUGUCAGUGUGCUCAUGACUAUCCCCAGUGCAACUGUCCCAUCACUGACAUCCAGAUCAUGGAGAACACCCUGCUGGUGAUGUCUGAGUCCUGGGCAGCCUCUUAUAAAGAUUUUGAAAACUCUGAUGAGUUCAAGUCAUUCCUGAAGAGACUCCCGUCCACUCAUUUUUUGCCCAUCAGCAGUGUGCAUCUAUUGUGGGGCAGCGACUGGGACCUGCAGGCCCGUUACAGACUCCUUCAGAGUUCCCUAGAGAUCCAGCGGCUCAAAAUCCAGCGUACCGCCCGCAAGUUAUUCAGCCUCAGCAUCCGUUGUCUUCACAAUCCCAGCCACCAAAUGCCAAGAGAGAGAUCUGUGAUGCAGUGGCUCAACAGGGUUCAGUCCUUCCUGUACUGCAAUGAGAAUGGGUUCUGGGGGACCUUCCUGGAGAGCCAAAAGGCAUGUGUGUGCCAUACAGGUGCAACUCUGUGUCAGCGACCCAUCCCGUGUGUCAUAGGCGGCAACAACAGCUGUGCCAUGUGUAGCCUGGCCAACAUUUCACAAUGUGGCUCCUGCAACAAAGGCUACAAGUUGUACCGUGGCCGCUGUGAGCCGCAGAAUGUGGACUCAGAACGCAGCGAGCAGUUCAUCAGUUUUGAAACUGAUCUGGACUUUCAGGACCUGGAGCUGAAAUACUUGCUGCAGAAAAUGGAUUCACGGUUGUACAUACACACCACGUUCAUCAGCAACGAGAUCCGACUGGAGACAUUCUUCGACCCACGAUGGCGCAAGCGUAUGUCCCUGACUCUGAAAAGUAACAAAAAUCGGAUGGACUACCUCCACAUGAUCAUCGGUUUGUCAAUGAAAAUCUGUCAGAUGCGAAACAGCAGCAUUGAUCCUAUGUUCUUUGUUUAUGUUAACCCAUUCAGUGGCAGCCACUCAGAAGGCUGGAGCAUGCCCUUUGGUGAACAUGGUUACCCACGAUGGGAAAAAGUUCGACUGCAGAACUCGCAGUGCUUCAACUGGACUCUCCUGCUGGGUAACAGGUGGAAGACCUUCUUUGAGACUGUUCACAUUUACCUGCGCAGCCGUGCUAAGGUUCCAACUGGCCUCCGUAAUGACACGGGACAGGGUCCAGUGGAUCUCGCAGACCCCAACAAGCGGCAGAUCUACAUAAAGAUCUCAGAUAUCCAGGUGUUUGGUUACAGCCUGCGCUUUAACGCUGACCUGCUGCGUAGCGCCGUGCAGCAGGUCAACCAGUCGUAUACACAAGGAACUCAGUUCUACUCGUCCUCAUCUGUGAUGCUACUGCUGCUGGACAUUAGGGAUCGGAUUAACCGCUUAGCCCCCCCUUCUGCACCUGGCAAGCCACAGCUGGAUCUUUUCUCUUGUAUGCUGAAGCAUAGGCUGAAGCUCAACAACAGCGAGAUGAUUCGAGUGAACCAUGCCUUGGACAUGUACAGCACAGAAAUACUCAAACAAUCAGACCACCUGACUGCAAAACUUUGUUGAGUAAAACAUUAAUGUUAAGGACGGUAAGCAACAGAGAAACACCCAACUAAUUAACUAUGAGGGGAUGAUAGUCUUAUUUUUUUUUCCCUUUUCUUUUUUGACCUUUUCUGCCUUUUGAUGUAAUAUUAACUUUGUAAGUAUAAUUCUUAAAAAAGAGAAAGAGGCAGUGAUGACAAGCUUUUCUGGCAGAUUGAAAAAAAAAAAAAAGAGAAAUGGAAAUAGUGUAUGGACUGUAUCAUACUUGUCCCAGCAUGUCUGUAAUUCCCUUAAAGAACCUUAAAAAGAGAAAGUGAAAAAAAGAGUAUAUCUGUGUAAUGGAUGAAAAGGAGGCCUUGAUUAUAACAUAAGGGAUCAAAGGUUGCAUCUGAUACUGCCAUUCUUUUUUGAGAAAAAAAAGAUGACAUUUUUAAAGGUACAGAAAAUACAAUGGCAGACCAGAUAAGUUUAUUUCACCUACUGGGCAAAGUAUUUCAAACAUAACAGACAGUUUAGUAUUAAAAUGUUUAUACAUUGUAAGGAACUUAAAGCUCUAGUGAGUAAGUAGUCAUCACAUUUCUUACGUUUCAGAGCCCACAGUGAAUCUGCAUUGCUUUUUGAAAGGUAUUUAACACUGUCAUUGUUCUGAUACAUGAGGCACACAGCAGGGCAGUAAUGGAUAGUCAUGUUGAAAACAAAAGCCAGCUGUUUAUAUAUACAUAUGUGUGGGUGAAUGUAUGCGAGUGUGUCUGUUAACCUUUUUUUUUUUUUUUUUUUUUUUUGGCUUAAUGCUUAACGCUGUUUGUUAAUCGAAUGUUUCACUUGAGACUGACCCAAGUCUCUGCUGAAUCUUGCAUUUUGAACGCUUUUCUCCCCCACCGUGUAUGAAAUUCCAGCUGUGUGUUUUUUUUUUUUUUUUUCUUCUUUUCACAAGGCAGUAUACCUCCUGGUGCGUGAAUGCAAUAUUGUGGUCUGAAGAUUAUAACAAUCAAUGCUAUUUUGUACAGCUUUGCAAAAUGUACAUGUUGUGACUGCUGAUCUGUGGAGCUUUUCAGCACUGAGAGCAAAAUGUAAACAUUCAUCAUUCAGCCACAUUUGCAAGACAACCUAAAGCCAUACACUUCCCUGAGGUAGAUAUACAGUAAGUCAUGAAGUUCACCCUGUACCUGUUCCAUUCAUAUGUCUUUGUUCAACUCUCUCAGAAGAUUUCACACAAGAGCACAGCAAAAAGGAAUAUGACAAGUGGAGACAUAACAUGUUGAGUGAAAUUGUGUCGUUAAAGCCAUUGAACUUGUAUUUUGUGCUGCAGGAAAAAGAAGAAAAUCUUAUAUUAAAGCUUAUAAUACCUUUUGAAAGUGUUACUCUGUAAGCUUUUUAUGACCACAUGUACAAAUUUCUCAUUUUGUUUUGAGUUAAGAAGUUUGACAUUUUCUGCAUGUUGCCGGAGGUAUAAAAAGAACUGCAACUGUGUUCAACACACUCAGUCUUAAACAUAAAACACUACCUAUGUAUUUGAUGGUCACAUUUUAUUUUGGUAAUCCAAUACUGAAACACUAUGAUGUGAUUGAUAUUUGCAAGUGGACUCGUUCACUAAAUCUUCACUCCAAAAACAGACUUUGUAUGUUGUACAAAUCCAAUAUUUUCUUUUACAAAGUGUCACAUAAAAAAAAUAUAUAUAUAUAUCUAUAUUGCUGUCCCCUGAAAGACAAAUUAGCUUAUGGAGUAAAAUGUGUCAGCUUUAAAAAAAAUACCUACUCAUAUUUUUUUUUAAAUCUUUUUUUUUUUUUUUUCUGGUAAACCCUAUAUAUUAGUUUUCUGUUGUGUCGUUAAUUUAAUGUCUGUUAAUAUCAUGAUGUGUAUUUUUUUGUGAUAUAUUUUCUUGUGUUCUUUACCAAUAACUGCUGUUAUUGUUGUGAGACAAAUUUGGAGGAAACAUUUUAAGACAUAGAUGUGCACACCAUCCUGUGUUGUGAAGGACUUGAUGCCAGCAACAAUGAAAUUGGAAUCACAAAAACAUUUAAUAAAAUUGGUUUUGGGAGCUCCAAUUUCAGUCGAUUUCAAUACAUUCAGCAACACAAAACCAGUUUUUUCUUCAUCUAUCUGGAUGAGCUUCUAGAAUUAAUGCAAUGCAGUCAUUUCUGGUUUGGUGUCAUCAUAAUUUCACAUUUUUUUUGUUAUUUAUUUAAUAGUCUGGUUUUUGUUUUCCCUGCUGUCUGUCUGUCUGUCUGUCUUUAAGCCCUCUUACUACUUUAGAUCAAGAAUUGCUUGGUAAUUGUUAGGCAGCAAAUCUCAACAUAAUUAAUUUUCUUGAAAAGAUGAGAAUAAGGAUUUGUUCCUUCAUAUUAGCAAAGAGUAACCUGUAUUAUCUCAUUCAGAAAGCUCUGAGGUUAAGACAAGACUUCUUAGUUCUUAGUUCUAAUCUGAUUAGCUUAUGAUUGGCUCGUUUUUGGACACUGCCAGUCUUUCUCAUUUUUUUGCAAACCAGUGGAAAAGAAACACUGUGUCUCAGUUGAUAUAUUUCCAUGUUUCACCUGCUUUCUUGAGCGCAUUAGUGACUUUACACACACAAAAAAAAAGAAGGUUUGCAGCAUCUCUUGAAUAAACUCCCUGGAGCGUGAAUAGCUUAGUAUAAUCACCACUGAUUGUCAGUUACUUGAUUAUGUAAAGAAACAACCAUAACAAUGCUGCUACAAUGCCAUACAUUGAAAGUACAUGUGUUGUGGUAUUACUUGGUGCUUAUGCAUGUUAAGCUAUUGUCUCCAUUGUAGUUUUACUGUAGAUGUAUGUUCAAAGGCUCAUCAUGUCUGCAAAAUGCUGUAACCAGUGCGGCAAUCAUGGUCGAACAUUGCAUUUCACUUCCCCCGCGCCCCAAGCUUUAAAACCUACUAUUCCUGACAUAAAAAGCUAAAUUGUGAAAUUGUUCUCACUGAAUAAAGCAAUGAAAAGGUAAAGAUGAUCCAUUUACACAAAAGUAUCAACACUGAGACACAGUAAAACAUAAAACAAGCAGAUUAAUUGGCCACAAAUAUGCAUCCCACAUUUAUUAAGUAUUCAGUAUUGGACUAUCCAAAUAAACUGUUACAAAAUUAUUAUUAUUAUUUUUCUUGUUAUUAUUAUUAAGUGCCUGUUAUUGAUCCCUUUAAUAUGGUUAGAGCUGAAAAACGUACAUUUUACAAAAAAAGAAAAAAAAAGAAUAAUUUAGUUUCAUUAUUAGGACCAUAAAUGUAGGUCAAAUAUAUUGGUUUCUACUUCUCCAGAAGACUACACCUUAGAAGGAGGCUUGUGCAUGAAGGGGGAAUUGAUCACAAGACCAAGCCAACAGAUAUCUCAAAGGGAUGGUUCAUAUUUUUGUCCCCUGUUGUACAAUGUAUGUGUAAAUAGGAUCUCUAUCACAGUAACGACACUGUGUUACAGUAACACUAUGAUAAAUUAUCAAUACUAAAAGGAAAUACAAAGAUUAUUUCAAAAAAUUAGCACAAAAUAGAGGGCAGCCAUGUCUUAUAUACCUGAUUAGACUCAUGACCAUCUAUGACUGUUUUAUAUGAUAAACAAACUGUAUACUGCAAUUUAGUUUAAGCCACUUGCAAGGUCCAUAAGACAAGCACAUUUACUUGUAUGGCAUUUUGCUACCACAGUGUUGCUUAUUGUACAUGUAUCCAUGAUUAUGUCUGAGCAUUUUUUUACACCUAAUAACUUGCCUAUGUAAUUAUUUUGCCUUUAUGUUGGGAUUAUUAUAUCAGCUAAUUUUAAAUGAAUGUUUCAUAUAAUAAUCUAUUUCUCAUUAAAAUGUUAUAUUUAAUAAGAA